GUGCCCGCGGGGUUUGUAGCUGCUCCCCAGGAGCCGCCGGGACUUGUAGCCAGGGCCGGGCUCAUCCCGCGGGGCUGGCCGUGGGGUCCGCGGAGCUCCGCAGGGCGCAGCGGGGGUCCCGGUGCCCACGGCCGGAGGCGGCUCCGCUGCUGGGCCGAGGGCAGCGCCCGCCGCCCCAGGAGGACCGACCACCGACCCCCCCGGGCUGGGCCGCGCCGGGUGCGGGACUACGCGCCCCGAGCGCCCCUGCGCGGCGGCGGGGCGGGGCGGGGCGGGCGCGGCCCUACAAAGGCGGCGGCGGCGGCGGGCGGCCGCUACUCACCGGCACCGGCGGGAGGGCGCGGCGCCGCCCGCGCUCCCGGGACAAAGCGCGGCCAUGAGCCGGCUGUAGGCCCCCGGGACACAGCCGCCGCUCCGCUCCCUUCGGCGGCUCGGAGCGGGGGAGCGUUUUCUUCUCGUCGCCCGCGGGUCCGCCGCCCUCCUGCGCGGCGCGGGGUGGAUGCCGGCACCAUGCACACCGUGCAGAAGGACACCACCUUCACCAAGAUCUUCGUCGGGGGGCUGCCCUACCACACCACCGACUCCUCCCUCAGGAAGUACUUCGAGGUCUUCGGGGACAUCGAGGAGGCGGUGGUGAUCACCGACCGGCAGACCGGCAAAUCCCGGGGAUACGGCUUUGUGACCAUGGCAGACAGAGCUGCAGCUGAAAGAGCAUGCAAAGACCCAAACCCCAUCAUCGAUGGCAGGAAAGCAAACGUGAACCUGGCAUAUUUGGGAGCGAAACCAAGGAGUAUUCAAACUGGUUUUACCAUAGGUGUGCAGCAGCUACAUCCAGCCUUCAUUCAGAGACCCUUUGGGUUCAUGCUGUCUCCUGCAAUUUCCCUGUCACCAGCUCUGAGCAUGUCAGCUCUCCUGUGUCAGAGCUCUCCUCCAAACAAAGCGGCCGAGGUUGGGAAAGCUGUGCCGGGGCAGGAUCCCAUCUCCGAAGUGGGAUCCUGGCUUGUUGGAAGGUGUGGAGAGAGGUCUUGGAUGCUCUGGAACAACAAAGGCACAGCUGGCAGCAGACGCCACUGGAAGUCUUAAAACGGAAUUUGUUUCUUGGCUGAGAAAUUGUUUUAUCAGUGUAGGUUUUCUUUUAUCAAAAAUAGAUAUUUCAUUGCUUCUUCCAUAGCUAAAGCAUUCUACUCCAAAAUACUUCAACUAUCCAAGAAAGAGUUUUUAAUAAAUCAGAUAUGUGGAUGGUUUUAAUGAAAACUCAGCAGAAGGGAUCAUGUGUAGAGAAAGAAAGUCUGUUAAAGAGGGAACCAGUUGAAAGUAGUUAAUUUAAUAUAUAUUGUGCCAAAGCUUGUCAGGUACUUGAGAAGACUUUAGAGAUGUUUCUGGAACCUUUGGUUUUCUCUGAAUUGUAGAAGAAAGUUGGAAAGCUCAAUCAAAGGCAGAAUGCCUGGGGCUGCCUGGGUUGGUUUGCAGAGCCUCUGUUUUCCCUCCUGUGAACAGGAUGAAUCCAGCGUCCUGCUGGGCUUCUCACACUGAUGCUGAAGGACUUGGAAUUAUUUUCUGGUUCUUCUGUCAGUUCGUAUCUGGUUUGGCUGUGCUGAUAACUGGAAAGCAGAAGGAUUUUUCCCCUCUCUGGGUAGCUGACUAGUUGCGGAUAAACUUCUAUGUGGCUUUUUCCUUGGUGCCAGAUGGCUCUCAUUUCAGGCAGAUGUUAUCUCCUGCUACCUGAGUGUUGUUCAGCCUGCUUCUCCAAAACUAUUUUUGGUCUUGCUCAACAUGCCUUUGUUUGGGAUUUUUUAUUUCUUUUUCCUUUGGGUGUGGGGAAAGCAAGAUGCAGAGAAUAAAGUUGUGAGUUGUUGAGCCUGGCGAACUCCUGGUGGAGCUCAGCAUGUUGAUCUCAGAUUUCUGGUCAAGCUGAGGAAAAUCAUUAGAUCUUUGUGAGAAGAUCUUUUGUCUGCAACAUAUUUUUUAAAUUUCUUUUAGUUUUUUCCCCCACACCUCUGCACCAGCAAUGGGGGAAGAUAUAGAUGGCAUUUCUUUUUACUUGUAUCUAUGGGAUUCACCACUUUCUGCUAUGGCCUUUAGUUUGUUGCAUCAUGAAAUCAAGAUGAACUAACACUGUAAAAUGAGGACAUUGCUGGGCUGUGGUAGGUUCUCAGCUACUGCUGUGCCUCCUGUUCCUUAAAUUUUCUCUCUCCUACCAAAAUGAAAGUAGAUUGAAAUCACAAAUUGAUCUCAUAUUCUACGUUGGCAUUUGUAUUUCUCAAACAAUGGUUUUGAUAGGCUCAGCAACCAGCAGAGAUUAUCACUGAAUUCUGUAAUGUACUCGCUUUUUUCUCGGGUACCAAUUCCAGGCUGGCACAGUCUGUUGCAGCAGGUUGUUCCUUGGUGAUUGCCACCAAUGUGGUGAUGUCUGGUCCCAACAGGGGUGCAGGAAACACAGUCAUGUACCUGUUUGCACAGGCUGCUCUGUAGAUCUGGCCAGAGGGCCAAGACAAGUUAGUUACAAAAUGAGCAGAAAUUGGGUUGACUGGUUUGCUAUUUUGUGUUUGUGUCAGUGGGGAUAAAUACCAGAUCAUGGAGCUGCAGAGUUCAUCCUUAUUUUACUUCAAGCUGGCUGGUGAGGCAGAAGCUAUUGACAUUUCAAUGCACACUUAAAUCAGCUUUAGCAGGGAUGUUUCAGGACUGAGCGGUUUGUCAUGUCAGUGAUUGAAGCCCAGCCCAUGUCAGUAACUGCUAGUGGAUGGUGGAGUGGUCAGGGCACAGUGGAUGUCCUGAGCUGCACCAAAUUGUUGGUGAUCUCCUCUGGGAGCAAAAAUCCUUGUCCUCAAUGAACCCACUUAAAACACAUCUCCAAAUCUGUCACCUGAGGUGUUAUUUCACCAGCGGUGGCUUUUGUGUUGUUGUGGCUAUACCCACCUCGUUCUGCAGUACCUCCUACCAACUGAAGCCCAGCGCCGCGGGCCAUCACGUGUUGUGGCAGCGUGGGUGUCUCUGUAGCAGCUAAUGGGUCAACUCUUGUGGAAGUGGAGGCCAAAUUCCUGGGGUCAAAUGCCAGAAUUUGUGCCUUUGCUGGCAGACACAAAGGGCUCUGUUUCUUUUAUUCUCCAAGGAAUAAAAGGCUGGUCGUGGCAGUGGCAUUUGUGUGCUGAUCUCUGCAAGGCUGCCAAGAGCCCUGUGCCCCUCCUUGUUUCCCAAGUGUUUGUGUGAUGCCGUGUCCCUCUUGACAGAGGGUUGCAGUUGUCUCCCACCUCUCCAGAAGCAGCAAAAGCAGCUACCGGCAUGGCUGGCAGAGCUCAAGGAGGUUGGGAGCUGCUGCCCUUCUGCUCUCCUGGACCUGUUCAGCUUGAAGGAACUGCUCAUGUGUAGGAAGUCCUGUAGGGUGGGGGAGAGCUGAGAAAGUGCAGCUAAAACACAUUACAGGUGUAAACCUGACCUAAAAUAAUCAAAUAUUUAAAAUGCCUCUGAGAUGAGCUCUGCAGAUAGAGCCACUGAUGAAGGAAAGGGCCCCCUCAGCCCACUCGUCUCCCUUGCUGUUUGGGAAGGGGUACGGGACACAUGGACAUCUGACUGUCCCUUCUUCCCAGCUGCCCACAACCCUGCUGAUGUGGUGGGGAGAAACAGGUGAUGGCAGGUUUUAAAAAGUCUGCUUUUUCAGCAGGCAACACCUCCUGGCGAUCACGAGCAUCACCUGAUGCAUUUGAACAUCUCCACCCAGGACUGCACGGAAAAGGAGCUGCUUUUGUUCUGUCCUUCAUGUUUUACACAGCAAAAGCAGAAGCGGAGCCUGCGUCUCCUCUGCUGGUGGCUCUGUAACCAUCUCUUUUGUUCUGUGUCUUUCCAUUUUGGCUGCC